CGUUCUUUCACUUCCUGCCCACGCAAAUUGCACUUCUCAAAUCGUCCGCUGUUCUGGUUUAGAAGGCCAAAUAGCGACACGUCGACAUGUCUGCGGCGUUGCGUGUACUAUAUUCUGUGUCCCGGCCAGGCGCCUUUGCUGCUGGACACAAUCUGGUGCGUCCAAUCAGUCUGUCGGCCCAGAGAGAUGGAUUCAAGUACGUGAAUGCUCAGGAUCUGCCCACAGACAUGAAGUCCAUAACAGACCGAGCCGCUCAGACUCUGCUGUGGACGGAGCUCUUCAGAGGAUUGGGCAUGACCAUGAGCUACCUAUUCAGAGAGCCGGCCACCAUAAACUACCCGUUUGAGAAGGGGCCCCUGUCGCCCCGUUUCCGCGGUGAGCAUGCCCUGCGCAGGUACCCCUCUGGAGAGGAGCGCUGCAUCGCCUGCAAGCUGUGUGAAGCCAUCUGCCCUGCCCAGGCCAUCACCAUCGAGGCAGAGCCCCGAUCGGACGGCAGCAGGAGGACGACGCGCUAUGACAUCGACAUGACCAAGUGUAUUUACUGUGGCUUCUGCCAGGAGGCCUGUCCUGUUGACGCCAUCGUGGAGGGCCCCAACUUUGAGUUUUCCACAGAGACUCAUGAGGAGCUGCUCUACAACAAAGAGAAACUGCUCAAUAACGGAGACAAGUGGGAGGCUGAGAUUGCUGCCAACAUACAAGCUGAUUACCUUUAUCGAUAGACUGACUGGUGCGCAGAUACCCACACACCGACUGACCAUACUCCGUUGAUAACCAUGAAACGCACACAGAUGCGGUAUGACAGACUGGCACACACAUUGUAUAGAUAUUCGUCAGCCUCUUUGACACAGACACACGUCCAUUCAUACUGUACAGUUGAUCCAGAUCAAUGGUUCACACCCAGAUGUGUUUCCAGAGAUCCAGACAGCACUGUUGAUCUAUAUUGCAUAUAUCUAUACUGCAUAAAUAUUGAAUGGGACAAAUAAACAGCAGGAACCCACAGCUCUCCAGAACCAGUUCUGUGUGGACCACUGUAUUAAUAAGCUCAGUUCACCCACAGAGAGAAGCACCCUCAGUCUCCUGUACCGGCAGCCCGCCCACAUAUGCCUAUCCUGGGGCACAUUCAAUAGGGAUACAUUGUGGAAAUUUGCAGAAAGAAAUGACAUGAAUAGAGUUGACAUGAUUCUUUAUUCUACUUGUCAGAGAGGCAUGUUUGUUCUACGUACCAUAUUUCUAUCUGAAUGUUCCACGGUGCUGUGCCCUACUGAACACGCCCCUUAUGUCUUCCCUCAACAGUACUGUUUAUCUGAUUCGAGGGAAGAUAUUGCCCCUAACCACAGACCUAGGAUCAGAUUUAAGUAACCUUAACCAUUAGGGGCAAGGAAAUAAAUCUAACCAUGGUUACAGUGGUUAGGGACAACUACCUACUUUGUCCCAAAUGGCAUCUUACCUGCUAUAUAGUGCACUACUUUUGACCAGGGCCCAUAAGAUCCUGGUCAAAAGUAAUGCGCUAUUUAAGGAAUAGGGUGCCAUUUGGGAUGCAGUCAUACUGUUAUCAUUUGGUCAGAAAGCAUUACACAACCAGUUGGUACAUGAUACUCAGGUUCAAUUAUAAUAUCCUCAAACUAGUAGAUAUAUUAGCCUGCUGCAAACACAAAGUUAAAUGGGGGUUUGUUGUCAUGAGAAUUGUACAAAGGUUAAAUACUUGUGGACUUCAAAUUAUGAAGAAUAAAUAUUGUUCUGUCCGAA